UUGGGCGUCCUCAAGGCGUGCGAGAGUCUAGGCGCGGUCGAGAAAGGAAAGGCGUAUUUCGAGUCGAUGAGUCGGGAUUACGGCGUUAGUCCCUCCUUGGACCACUAUGAAAUCUACGUUAAUCUCGCGAGGAAUUCAAACGGGUCGAAAGGUGGAGCGGAAAAGGCUGGUUAUGUACACGACACUCGAUAUGUGCUCCAUGAUACUGACCAGGAAGCUAAGGAGAGAGCCUUGCUUUAUCACAGUGAAAGAUUAGCCAUAGCUUAUGGGCUUAUCAGCACAGCUCCUGGUACAACAUUGAGGAUCAUCAAGAACCUCAGGAUUUGUGGGGACUGCCACAAUUUUAUCAAGAUAUUGUCUAGCUUUGAGAAAAGAGAGUUUAUUGUGAGAGAUAAUAAGAGGUUUCAUCAUUUUAAGGAUGGGAAAUGCUCAUGCAGGGAUUUUUGGUAG